AUGGCUAACCCAUCUAUACCAGCAUACAGAUACGAUUCCUCUAGCAAAGUGUUUUCCAGGGAAUAUUACGAUAUUGAUGCCAUGUUUCAAGCGAGGAAAGACGCCAUAACUACAGCGUCAAGAGCUAAGAAAUUUAGACUCAUUCUAAGUACGUUAGGGAGGCAAGGAAGUUCAAAGAAUUUAGGACAAAGAUUCAGUACGGCAGGCCUGGAAUAUGUAUUUGUGCUCAUGUCUGAAAUAUUUCCGGGUAAACUUGGAUUGUUCGAGGACGUGGAAACGAUCAUCACAAUACUCACACAGAACUUACUCAUAAAAGUAUAAAGAAGACAAAAGAUCA